CUCAGACUCGAAGGUUCGGGGGGGUUUGUAUAUGCAAGCACCACUGUGCCAGACGCCUGACGAGGGUGAGCGAGAGGAAGAGAGGGACAAAGACAACACCGGCCUGGGGGAUAACGAGGAGGCCCCGUGCACCACUCGACUCGCAACGAGCGAGGAGGAGGCUGUGGCGCCAACAGCGAGGGAGGAGCCAGUGCAACGACUCACUUCCCUGCCAUUCCCUGACCCUGCAUUCGCCGCCCAAGUCGAGCCGAUUCUUAGCAGGUGAGGAGAGAACGCUCCAGGGAGGGCACAUCAGCGUCUCACUCUUGUCGUCCCUUUUCUGUUCGUAAAGCCUCAAGGCCAUUCGCGAGAACAUCGGAAGUUGGCGUCGCACAUCCCUGCCAAUGACCUCCCCAUCAUCUCCGGUGUAUCCGAAGCUCAACGAGGAGACACCGCAGCACAUGAUGUUGACGGAGCGAACCUAUCGCAGCAACCUCCCUCGCUCACCGCUGGCACGCUCGCCAAACCGCGGAGGCCCCGUGCAGCAGAGCAUAGCCGGCACGGAGACGGGCGACGCAAAAGAAGGAGGCGGAGCAGUGCUCAAGUUCCGCCUGCCAGAGCAUUCAGACUGUGAGCUGCAUAUGAUGGGGACGGAAGACAAUGCCAAGCAGCAAGAGGAGAGCAAUGACGACGAGCAGGAGGAGCAAGCUGACGGCGAGAAGGCCAAGAAGGGAAGCAGUGGCAAGAAGCUGGCUGUGAAGGUGCCUGCGCUGUCCCUCGGUGAGUCGGCUGGCAAAUGCCUCCCAGUGCGCCUCACGGCCCCCACCAAGUUCUACAUCGGCACGCCAGAGGUCAAUUCUCCUGAUGGACUGCUAGUGAGCCCCAGCAACGAGGUUGAAGCCCCUGAGGAGAUGCCUAACAUGAAGAAGAAGCAGCGCAAGCACAACAAGAUGCCACUGUUGAUGUUCCUGGUAAGUGAGAGGGUGGUCUUGUGUGGGUCCCAUACCUGUUGCCUUCGAUGCGUGUGUGCAGCUUCAGCCGCUGGUGACUCUGUAUCGCUGGCUGAAUGCGCUGCCCCUAAUCACACAGCUGCUCAUCGCGGCCGUCGCCCUCCCGCUGCUGCCCGCCGCACUCAUCUCGUUCAUCCCUCUGCUGGUCAGCGAUGGCUGCCAAUGUGUCUGAAUGGUCGGUCCAUCUGAUGUGCUGUGCAUGGCGUGUGUCGCUCAGGUCGUUCUGCUGACGUGCGCUACGGGCGCCAUGUGGGCUUUGGUUGGCGUGUGGGUGGCCCUCGCCAUCAUCACGAUGGCAGUGAGGCCCGCUGAGGUGACAUGGGAGGUUCUGCCGCACAUAAUGGCAUGGCUGAACGAGCAGGGCCUCAAAAGCAAGAGGGGCAGAGGGUGGAGUGGCGCCUUCUCCUCCGGCCAGGAGGAGGGAGCCGAUGACUGAGUGGUUGAGAGAAGUAAAGGAUAGCAUGUUGGACGUUCACAUUCGCUGUGUGCCUGAAUGAGCAUCAAUGACGACAGCUCGUCAAUGUCCGUCAUGUGCUUGGUCACGUGUGCCUGAGACCGAUUGUACGUCAAACAAUCGCCGGCAAAGCAGCGGGCAGACCAGCUGCAGCGCAGUCUGCGCCUCCUCUC